CAUUUCUCUCUCUCUCUUUUCUUUUCUUUCUUUUUUUUUAUGCUCCGGUGUGAUUUCCAAGGUGUGGAUCACUUUGCUUGUCAUUGGCUACUCUUCACACCACGAAAUAAAUCUCUUAAGCUCUACCACUUAUUCCUGAAUUUUAUUUUAUAGCAGGACUAAAAUCAUCCUAAAGUCGAAUUCAGGUGGUAUCCUUGGUACAUAAUUAGAAUCAGGGCUAAGAAGGCGAUUCCUCACCCAGACAAGGUCUGAAAAACCUCAGCCAAGUUCCCUAGACCUCUGGGUGUUGUUUGAGACAGGGUUAUGGCAGGCGGAUCUCCAGCUCCCUUCCUGUUAGCCUACACUUGUUUUCUUGGAUCCUAUCCUAUUUUCCGUUUUGACACCACGGUGAGACCUAGGAGACAACACAGUCGGUCACUGGCUCCCACCCUCCCAUCUGACAUCUUCCAGCUGAAGUCACAUAGGUCCUGGGUGUUUGUUUCUCAGCUCCCACUGACUCAGGAAUUCCACCGCGCCCACCCCUAGCUUUGCAAACACUCAGCAAUCCGAAGUUGGGAGUGUGGGUAGCUUUCUGCUAUAGCAGAGUGCUGACCCAGAGUCCUGGGGAGCAAAGCUCCGUUCUUUGGAAGGCACUCCUCCAAAUCCCCAGUCCCGCCCAACUUAAGUCACAGCAGGUCCACCCUACAGCUGGGUCCCCAGGGUGACGCUGAAGGCCGGGGCCCGCGCUCUUCAAGGAGGGAACGCCCUCUGCACGCGGGCUGCCCCACCCUGGGUGACGAGAGCCCCGCCCCGCCCCUCCGCAGCCAUUCAAUUAACCCUGGCUCAAAACAGCUCCAGCCGCAGCCGGGCACCGUCUCUUCUACCUGGGGCUAUGAUCCGCACGCGGGCGCCGGGGACUCGGGCACCGCCGCCGCCGCCGCUGCUGCUGUCGCUGUCGCUGCUGCUGCUGCUGCUGUCCCCGACUGUAAGCGGAGACUGCGGCCCACCUCCAGACAUUCCUAAUGCCACGCCAAACUCGGGUAAACACACCAAGUUUGCCCACCAAAGCCAAGUGACAUAUUCGUGUAAUAAGGGCUUCAAACAAAUUCCAGACAAGCCAAACACAGUGGUCUGCCUUGAAAAUGACCAAUGGUCUAACUACGAAACUUUCUGUAAUAAAACCUGUAGUGCUCCACUGAGACUGAAUUAUGCAUCCCUCAAAAAGGAGUAUCGUAACAUGAAUUUUUUCCCAAUUGGCACCACUGUGGAAUUUGAGUGUCGGCCAGGAUUUCAAAAAGUAACUUCACGCACAGGAAAAUCAACUUGCCUUGAGGAAUUAGUAUGGUCUCCAGUUGUUGAAUUUUGUAAAAAAAGAGCAUGCCCUAAUCCUAGAGAACUGAAAAAUGGUCACAUCAACAUACCAACUGACAUAUUAUUCGGAUCAGAAAUAAUCUUCUCAUGCGACAAAGGGUACAAGCUGGUCGGUGUAACUUCUACAUUCUGUUCUAUUACGGGGAAUGCUGUGGACUGGGAUGACGUAUUUCCAGUGUGCACAACAAUUUUUUGUCCAGACCCACCAAAAAUCAAUAAUGGAAGAAUUCGAGAGGAAAGCGACUCCUACGCAUAUAGACAGUCGGUGACCUAUUCCUGUGACCAAGGCUUCAUUCUGGUUGGAAAUUCUUCCGUUCAUUGUACUCUGAACGGUGAAGUAGGAGAAUGGAGUAGUGCACCACCCAAGUGCAUAGAGAGACACAAGGUCCCAACUAAGACCCCACCAGAAGUUGAUAUUCCAAGUACAAUGCCUCAUGAAUCCACCUUAAUUAAUUUUCCAAGUACAAGAGCCCCACUGUCUCAUAAACCCACUACAGUUAAAGUUCCAGGUACAAGAGUCAAACCAACGUCUCACAAGCCCACUGAAGUUAAAGUUCCAGCAACACAGCAUGUACCUGUUUCCAAGACAACGGUACGUCAUCCAACGAGAACAUCUAAAGACAGAGGAGAGUCUAAUUCAGGUGGUGACCAUUUUAUAUAUGGUAAGUUUGACCCACAGGGAGUUAAAAGAAAUUGCCAUCACUGUGGGAGACAUAGUCCAUAUUUCUGGAAGAGAAUCUUCUCUUAUAACUGCCUGAGAAAAACUAUCAAAAUGCAGUGCCUAUGGGUGCCUAAGGGCAGAUGGGUAAAGCCUUUUAAUCGGCUGGUUUUUUGGACACCGUUAGGCAUCCAGCAUGGUCCUUCAUAUCCCCAACAGUGCUCCUGCUCUAAGGCAGUCUUAGGACAGCUUCGGGUCAUCUGGCCAAUCAGUCAGGUAGCACUGAGUGCCCGCUGUGUCAGUGUGUCAUUUUAGUGACAGAAGAAACCCAGGAACAACAGUCAAUACAGUUCUUAUCCAAAGAGCAUAGUUAACGCCAUCUCCAACCAUUUUUAGGUCUCUGUCAUAGGCCAAACGUGACCAAGAGCCCCACUUUUCAUUAUAUCUUUCCUUCAUCUCUAGUAAAGCUUUUAAGCAGAGUUCUUUUAGAAUAUAUUCUCUACAUGCUAAUAUAGUCGGCGAAGGUACAAAACUGUCUCUGUGUUGUGAUUCCUUUUAGCAUUUGGUCAGUAUUUUUUCUUUGUACAUUAUACUUACUGUUACUUAUUAAUAAGGUCCACAAAUCCCUGAACGAAAUGGUAAGGGGCAUUGUUAAGUGGGAAAAUAGCCAAGUAGUGUACCAAAGUCAUGGGCGACUGUAAAUACCCUUUCAUGAAAAGAUGUUUGUUUUAAAAAAAUUUGUACUCAACAGUGAUACCCCCAUUUUCAUUCAUGAAAUGUAUUAGCUAAGGGACACGCCCUGAAAACAGGUACUCAGUUUCUACUGUUACCCUUACUGGUAUUUGUCUCUCUCUUAGUUUAUGUUUAAGCCAAAGAUUUCCUCAGAGGUAGCCCAGCAGGGGCAAUUGCUUUUGUACAUCUUCUAUUUUAAAUAGAAAUAAAUAUGUUCUAAGCUCAUGAAAAAAAAAUCUCCUGAUUGAUUUGCCUAAGUGGUGAGUUUAGCACCUGAGUUUCUGUUGUUUACACAGUGAUAUUUAGUAGAGACUUGAGGUACUCGCUAUUGAUUACUUUUUUAAAAAAAUUAAUUUAGUUUUUAUGGUUCUGAGGGGGGAAUUCAGGCCUUGUACGUGUCAGGCACAAGCUUGGCUGAUGAAUUCCACUCCUCACGUUUACAUUUUGGAAUUCCUCAAGCGUGCCUACUUCUUUUCAGGAAGCUUCAUUUUAGGGUAUACUUUAGUUUAUCUGUGUUCCUGCAGUCAGACAUUUGGUGAAAGUGUUAUGUCUUAAGUGUAUCCUGUUAACUCACUUUAAAGAUGAGAUCUGUAUUACAGGGAAAAUGUUUGUUCAUUUUUGUUUCUUUAUAGACAACUGGGAGUGUUUUUAAUUCCACUUUUUAAUGAGUGCACGGAGAACUGGGAGUCACUGAAACUUUUAUGUAUAUGGAGCGCUAUACUUUUUCUUAUUCAGCCCCCAUUAUUCUCACCUUGGAAAAUGCUUUUGUCAACUAUAUGGUAAUAUACUAGAAAUUUGAGGUUUUUCCCAUUUAAACCCCCAAAGAGAGGAUAGAAACCAUCAGCUCUUCUUAAUUUGCAUUAUAAAUGCCACUGGAGUGAAUUUUAAAGGUUGUGACCCUGGCUCAGUCAGAGUCAGUUCCCCACCCAUCUCCCAUUCUUAUCUUGCCUCUGCCAAGAAUCUGUUUAAGCAUCUUUCCCCCUGAUUAAUCACGCCACAUGAAAUAUUAAUUCCAGUCACACACUGGAAAUCAUUCUAUGCUUUCUAUAUCCCUGUACUCUUUGCAUGUAUAAAAGUAAUCUUUUUACUCUCUUGGGACAGCUCUCUUUUAACAAUAUUGAGGUCAACAUAGUUUUAUUGCUUCUUAGGUCGACAUUGUCUAGAAGAAAAAGAAGAAAAGAACUUGGGCUUAGGAAACAGUCAAACUUUGGUUUCAGUCUGGGUUUUCUGUUUAGCGAAUAUUCAACCCAACAAUUAAUUCAAUCUCCUGGGUGCCAGUUUUCUCGUCUAUGAGACCUAGUCUGUGUGAGCUUAUAUAUAGUAAGGGACACGAGCAAUCCUAGCCUAAGUAGUGAGAGAUGAAGACAUGGGACUCCAGGGAGUCACAGUAUGGGUCCCCAUUCCUUCUCUGAGGUAGAUUUGUACAGAUGCCCUGAACUCAUAGAGACCCGCCUGAACCUUGGGUUAAGAAUAAGGUUUCAUUGUCGUGGCGAAGAAGUCAAAUAACUAUUGGCCAAGAACCUCCUGUUUGCCUAGCGCUGUGACUGAGUCAGAAAAUCUUUGCAGUGUUUUAAAUAGUGCAGAGAUGCAGCUGUAACAGAGAAUCUCAGGGAGAGUCCCCUCUUAUUGGAGAAUGGCAUUUUAAAACGUUACAUAAUACUCCUUGGAUCUAUUCAACUGUGAUUGGGGACAUGUGAAUUAUUAUUGUAACCGUAUACAUAGUUGCAUACUGUCCUUUAUCAAGGUUGCUUAAGCGUUCUGUCAGUAGUCACUUGUCUUUGAGUUUGUUGUUUUCUAGAUUACCGAGUGAAUUUGAGAUCAUAGACAAUUGCACUUAACGUAUAAAGGUCUUGUUUGUAA